UUGGUAAUUAUAAUUAGUCGGUUAUGCGCGCUCGCAGAUAUAGCACUUGGCAUGAAACUCUUGGAUUAUCUUCAUCGAAUUUAGGAAUUAUCUGUACGAAAAUUCAACACCAAAGUGAAUUAUUGCCUGGAAAAAGAAGAACCGUGUUUAGUGAUAUAAUCGUGUAAUUAGCUACAACUGACAGUGUUCUCUGUUAAUUUUGUUAAGGUGAACGAGUAUAAGAAAUAUUACAAAAUGAACGAUGUGAAUUAUUUCAUGAAUGUCACUGGUCCCGAGCACUGGAUAAUAUUUGACUUUGAAACAACUGACUUUAUCUGGAACGUUCUGAUAUGGAUGAGAAAUUAUUGGUGGAAGUGCUUUUACUAUACUGCUAUCUAUUUAGUCGUCAUUUUCACAGGGAAGCUUUAUAUGUCAAAUAAACCAAAGUUUGAUCUGAGGAAUACACUCGCGUUAUGGAGCGGAUUGCUUGCAAUAUUCUCCAUUAUAGGAACUAUAAGAACAAUGCCAGAGUUGUUUCACAUAUUAUACAAUCACGGAUUUUACUAUAGUAUUUGUUCGAACAGUUACUAUACUCAUGAUCAUGUGUGUGCUUUCUGGUCGAGUUUGUUCGCCUUAUCAAAGAUCGUAGAACUUGGCGAUACUGUCUUCAUCGUGUUACGAAAGCAGCCAUUAAUAUUUCUACAUUGGUAUCAUCAUAUAACGGUUAUCUAUUUCACAUGGUACUCUUAUGCACUACUCACGGGAACAUCCAGAUGGUAUAUCGUGAUGAAUUACUUUGUCCAUUCCUGGAUGUACUCUUACUAUGCUCUUAAAGCAAUGGGAUUCAAACCACCAAGAUUCAUCGCCAUGAUGAUUACUACGAUGCAGCUAGUGCAAAUGGUCGUAGGUUUCUUUGUAACUGGCGCGGCUUACUAUUAUAUAACUAAUGGGGAGAAAGAAUGCCACGCCACGACUCUCAACAUCGUUUCCGGUUUGCUCAUGUACUUCAGUUACUUCGUUCUAUUCGCUAUGUACUUUUACAAGACCUAUCUGGCUGGCAAUAGCAGGACGAAAGUCGAAUAGGAAUACCAUCCCAAUAGAACAAACGAUUUUGCAGAAAUGCUAUUUAAAAAUCGUGCUACCUAUACUGCAUACAAUAUUUACGUUUGUAUUUAUGGUAGUUUUAUUAUACGAAAUAUUUUGAAAUCUCACUAAUACUGUAACGAGACACGACUAUCGUGAUUACGAUGGUAAAAUUUGAAACGGAUCUGAAAAUGUAGAAACAUUCGAUAGCUACUCAUCAUCGUUACUAGGCGAAGGUUCGAGAUCAAGUAGUGUAACAUGAUCCUGUGUCAGACAUCGCUGAGACAAUGUAUCUAGGUACUAGCUCAAAAGCGAAAGCUUCUUAUUUGCAACUUUUUUCAAGUUUUAAAGUAAACUUUUACUAUUUGUAAGAUCUUUCUGAUUAAAACGAGACCAAACACGAUAUAAUUUGAGUUACAUUUACUUAUUGAUAUGUAUUUAAUUAUCGUUUAUCAAGUAAGCAAAUAUGCUCAAAAUUAUAUCGUGUUUGGUCUCGUUCUAAUCAGAAAAAUGUAACAAACAUAUCGGCGGAAGUUUCAUUGAUCAUAAAUUAAAAAUAGAAAAUAUUGAUUUUACGCCUCCUUAAACGUUUGUUGACCGCUUUGACUCUCGAUUUUUCUUCGUUUCUUACUCGUGCUGUCCUUUUUUACGUUCGCUAUGUCUAAGAUCUGAGUUUUGAGGAAUAGGAUCGUUUCAGCAUCUCCAUAAUUGCAACACUUAGGUCCCGAUUUUCGUGCAAUUAUCAAACGUUUGCAUAUGUAGAAGUUACAAGAUAUUUAUUGAAAACAUACACUUCGCAAAAACCCUGAAGGUAUUCGAUAGUCAAUUAUUCAGCAUAUUAAUAAGCUAUAAUAUUCAGUCCAUCCUUAGCACUAACUAUAUGUUUAAGACUAUUAUUUAUAUUGUAUAUUAACUUCGUUUUGUCGGUACAGUGCAGAAUUAAAUGUUGAACAUUUAACAGUACAACGCCUGACGGGCAUCAACAUAUUCACAAUUAUAGCUCACGGUAACAGCUUAGUACCGGCACAACAACAUUAUCCAUGCGUCGGCAACAUACGAGAUCGCAUUUCCAACCAUUGCCCAUUUUACAAAAGUAUCGAAAUUUAUUAUUAAAGAAACGGUUAUAAUAGCAUUGUUACUUGAUGAGAAAGAAGAGUGUAUAGAAAUCUGGGAUUAAGAAAGAGCGAAGGUGAAUUUCAUACACUACAUAUAUAUGUAAAUAUGUCAACGACCCAAUCUCAGAUAUUAUUUAAAAAAAUCGAAAAUGUUAUUCAAAAACGAAAUACAAAUUUUAGAAAAGCAAUAACGACCAUAGAGAAACUGGCAAUAUAUUUAAUUCUCGCUUGUCUAUAAUUUCAUAUUUUAAUACGUCCCUCGGUGACUAUUUGUCAUAAGAAAUGAAUGAAAUGAGAAGAUAAACAAUAUUAUAAAUUCUUUUAUCGAAUAUAGGAAAAUAAAUAUUUAGGCUAUUAAGAUUUCGCAUUCUUCACAAAGAAUAAAUCUAUGCGAUGGACAUAUAGCUCUUUCGUCCUUGUCACAGUGUGCACUAUGCACAUUUGUAUUCUGUUUUUUCUUUGUCAAAAAUAUGACAAUGACUCUUUUUCGUAGAAAUCGUAUGUAUGUCUCUAAUGACCAUUAUAAGAAGCCACAUGGAUCGAUAUACCUUGUACAUAUAUUGUGCAUAAUUUACAGAGCGACACAUUUGUGCGUGAUGCUAUGUAUGGUUAUACCAAAGAAUGUACAAUUUUAACUAGACAAAGGUGACUAUGCUAUUGAGGAUAAGUGGACGCAGUUCUAUUAAAAUGUAUGUAAAUAAUGUGAAUUUGUCUAUGUUGGUCUGAAAUACGAUCGUAUACAUAGGUUGGACAUUCCAGGGGGGUAAGGGUUAAGGUUAGGUUUAGGUUUAGGUUUAGGAUUGGGUUAGGGUUAGGGUUAGGUUUAGGUUUAGGUUUAGGGUUGGGUUAAGGUUAGGGUUAGGUUUCAACAAGACUCUUGACAAGGCAAUCUCGGAAAUUGUGCUUUACAAGACGCUUUUACAAACAGACACUAGAGAACACUGCGAUCGAGAUGUUAACACCAUCCUUUGGUGAAAGUGUUAAACAUAAAAAGAAUAAACUAAAUUGAGAUUGUUCAAUGUAAACUGAAUACAAUUACAAUGCAAAUGACUAAAAUAGACUUUUCAUAGUUCUUCACCAAUUAUUUCAAGUAUUUGAUAGAGAAAAAUGUUGUUUAAAUAAAUAUCAAUUAUGAGCCAUUA